CAGCUUUCUUCUUGCUAUCUCAUAGUUGACUUUCGCAUUCUUUAACUAAAUUAAACGUCACCUAGUGAAGAUGGCAUUCGAAAUUUUUGUUCCUUCCGAGAAUGAGGCCCCUGGUGUCGCCGACACCUUCUUUGCCGCCAUGGACAUCAACUUGUUGAUGCACGCACAGUUUCCCAACCCUGAGAGCAAGGAGUUUUUCCGAGGCUGGCUUUUCAGAGAUACUAUGGAUCAUGUCCAAAGCGCCGACAAGGGUGUUCUCGUUGCCCGCGACCCAGAGACCGGGAAAAUAGCGAGUUUCGCUAAGUGGAACGUUCAACGGCAACCGUGGUCACAAGAGAUCGAAGAAGCCGAUGAUGAUGAGUUUCCAGACUUUUGCCGUCGUCAAUACCUUAAGCCCUACGCGGAUCUUACUAAAAGCAAGAGAGACAAGGUCCUAGGCGACAAAACUUAUUACCACGUGACAUAUCUAUGCACAGAUCCCAAGUUCAAUGGCCGAGGGGCUGCGUCCACUUUACUUCGCCGAGUGCAGGCUGAAGCCUCCAAGGAGAAUGCACCAGUUAUUCUCGAGGCUACCAUGAAUGCGAUCUCGUUUUACCAAAAACUAGGUUUCCAGGUUCGAGAAGAGCUUAACAUGAUGCUCCCAGCUCGUGGCUCAGAUGAACCAACUGAAUACUAUGAAGAGAGAGUUAUGGUUUGGACACGAGACUGAAAGCCAUAAAGAGUUACACACACGAGGCCACAACGUUGUCGCUAAUCGUCUCCACACUCACGUGGCAAAACGUUAAGAGUAAUUUAACGCCGAGCUUUG